AUGGUCAACCUCUUUCCGCUCCUGCGCCAGCUGCGGCGCGACCUCCACGCCCACCCAGAGCUCGCGUUCCAGGAGGUCCGGACCCAGCGCACGCUCCGCUCGAUGCUCGUCAACGAGGCCAAGAUCCCCGAGGCGAGCAUCCGCGCAUGCGCGAUGACCGGCCUCGUCGUCGACAUUGACGCGCUGCCGAGCGCGGCCGCGUCGGUGACGCCCGUGCGCUGCGUUGCGUUCCGAUCGGAUAUGGACGCGCUGCCGAUGACCGAGUGCAAUGCGCACCUGUCGUAUGCGUCGACAUCGCCCGCGAUCGCGCACAUGUGCGGCCACGACGGGCACAUGGCGACGCUCGUCGGGUUUGCCAUCUUGCUCCAGCGCAAGCGCCAUUUGCUGCCCGCGCAAACGCGCGUCCGGCUUCUCUUCCAGCCGUCCGAGGAAGAGAAUCCCGGCGGCGCGCUCUCGAUGAUCGCCGACGGCUGCCUCGACGGCGUUGACGAGGUGUACGGGUACCACAACUACGGCUUCCCCUUGGGCCAGGUCCAUGUCCGGUCCGGGCCCGUCAUGGCCCACGAGCAAGAGUUUACCGUGCGCAUCACGGGCGCCGGUGGGCACGGCAGCGCGCCGCAGCUGUGCCGCGACCCCGUCAUCAUCGCCGCGCAGAUCAUCAACGCCGCGCAGACCAUCGUGAGCCGAAGCCUCUCGCCGUACGACACGGCGGUGCUCUCGAUCACGCAGGUGCACGCGGGCGAAGCCAACAACGUGAUCCCGUCGACUGCGACGCUCGGUGGCACGAUGCGCGACUACGCACCGGCAGCCGCAACGCUCCUGCGGACGCGCUUUGAGACGCUCGUCCAUGGCAUCUGCGCCAUGCACGGUGCGACGGCCGAGAUCACCAUGCAGGAAGGGUACCCGGCCGUCAUCAACGCGCCGGCGCAAGCAGCGAUCGUGGCCGAGGUCGCGGGAAGCAUUGCCAUCGCAACGGAGGCGGGGCUGCCCAUGAUGGCGUCCGAAGACAUGUCGUAUUACCUUCAGGAACGCCCCGGCUGCUUCUUCUUCCUCGGCACCAAGGGCGUCGACGAUGCGCAGAUCCGCGACGUGCACUCGGAUGCGUUCGACUUUAACGACGACGCGCUCCCACUCGGCGUGCGCAUGUUCCUCUCGGUGCUCGAGCACCGGCUCGGCACACAGCUCUACUCGGCCGACGAGUUUACGGCGGCGUUGCACGUCGAACCCUAA